AUGGCCCGCAACAGCACUGUCAGCCCGUACGUUGGUCGUCUCGGCCGCAGCCAGCUGUUCUCGAAGAAGGGUGGCUACAAGCACACGGGCCGUAAGCCCGCCGCCCCUGUCCAGGAGGAGCCCGUCACGACCAAGGAGAAGGUUGUCGGUGGUGCAAAGAACGCUGGUAAGCGUGUGCUCCCUGUGAACAAGGCGCCUCGUUUCUACCCGGCAGACGACGUUCGUGCUAAGAAGGUGAGCCGCAAGACUCCCAAGCCCACGAAGCUUCGUGACAGCAUUACGCCCGGUACUGUUCUGAUUCUGCUGGCCGGUCGCUUCCGUGGCAAGCGCGUUGUUUUCCUCAAGCAACUCGAGAGCGGUCUCCUUCUUGUUACUGGUCCUUUCAAGCUGAACGGUGUGCCGAUCCGCCGCGUGAACCAGGCAUACGUCAUUGCUACGAGCACGAAGCUCGACAUCAGCAACGUCCAGAUUGACGACAAGCUGAACGAUGCAUACUUCCGUCGUGAGAAGGCUGCCAAGGUGAAGGCGGAGGCCUCUUUCUUCGCUGACCCCGCUAACAAGGCCCCUCUCGCUGAGAGUAAGGUUGCUGACCAGAAGGCUCUUGACAAGGACGUGCUCGCGUCGAUCCAGAACGCUGACCCCGUCAUGGCCAAGUACCUUUCGACCACCUUCUCGCUCUCGAAGGGUGACAGGCCCCACGCUCUUCGCUUCUAA